UUUAAUCACUCUCGCGAUGUCAUCUGCGUCAGUAACAAUUUAAAUUAAUCUCAUGCGGUGAAUUCCAAUUGAUGUGAUGUAUCGCUUGAUAAAAUUGAAGUAAUAACUUACUUGCAAAAGAGAUUUGACUUUUGUUAAUAAAAUAUUAAUCAUUCUGCCGUAAUAUUAGAUUGUACUUUCAAGACAAAGAAGCUGUAAAAUGUCUGAAAAAAAAAUAGAAAAUCGUGUUAAGUAAGAGGUAAGAAAAAAGUUACAUUGUGCCUACAGAAUGAACUUGCGCGAAGACUUUAGAUAAAUAUAUUUACCUGCUUUUCCUGUCACUCGUAACUCUUUCAAAACUGUCGGUGGAAUCUGACACUAUGUCAGCACAAUAUAAAAUUUUAUAGCGCGGAAUGCAACAACGACACAUUUCAUUUCCACGACGAUAGACGACCGAUUAAAUGAUUCUCGCGCAAUUAUUUUCCAGCCGGGUAACGCGAAAUGUGUGAUGGCGACUGCUCGCCAGGAAAAACAUCCCGAUUUUUCCCUCUCGUCCCCUUUCACGCUUUCCUCUUCUCUCUCGUCGCAAGAUCGCUUCAUAAGAUAAUCCGCGAAGAAGACGAGAAUGUUUUUCUCGUCGUUUGUUACGUCAUCGCCGGCACGCUCGGAGGACUCGCUCGUGCCGUCGUUCAGUCGCGCGAACUCGGAGCCGCAGGGAUGUCGUCCUUCGUGUUGCAGAGGAGAUGGUGCGAUCUUCUGUACUUGCUGUGCUAUCUGGUCGCGCAGCAUCACGCCGUCGCGGACGAGAUCAGGCCUUACGAGUUCUCCUUCAACAUCGUCGACUUUCAACACAGAUUCGAGAAGAAAGAUAUCGAGGGUCUCAUUACCGGGGAAUACGGCUUUAUCACGGCGGAUGGUGUUUACCACGAAACUGGAUACAGGACGGACAAAAAUGGGGACUUUAUUAUCACGAGACAAAGAAACCGGAAAAUAACGAGUUUGAAGGACGCGCAGGAGAUAUUCAAGGAUAGGCCGGAAGCAGCGAAGAAAUUAAUCGAAGCCGUGAUGAAGGCCUGCGGUGGCUGCAAGAUACCAAUAAAGCAAGAGGACAAUCGGCCGAAACCUACGGAGUCGCCGCUGCAGAAGAAGAUGGACCCCAUAUUGAAGCAGAUGAUGAAGAUACUGACAGCCAACACGUCGAAGAGCUUUUCCGAAGAGAAAAGUAAAAUCAUUAAAAAGGAAAACGUCACGAAAGACAUCACGAAAAGUAUGGUGCGAGCCGCGAAGAAGUUGCUGUCCGAAGAAGAUAAAGUGGACGAUCGAGUCCUGGAGAAAAUGGCGAACGAUCUGUUCUAUCGGUUCAACUACACGAUAACGUCGCACGGCCACCACGAGGACGGCUAUCGCGACGGAAGGAAAGACGGUAGCUAUCGUUCGCAAAACGAAAAUGGCAUCGACACGCAAGUGAGAUAUCUGUCGAACGAAUUCGGACAUCAGCCCAACGUCACGUUCAUUCCGCAGACGAACGCGGCCGACGAAGCUCACGUUCUCAAGGGAUACUCAUUUCGUUGGUAUUGGUCGUAAGCUCGCGAUUUCUCAUAUCGACUUUAUUUUAACUGAGAUUUGUUAAAAAUAAAAUAUGCUAACGCUUAUUUAAAUAAUACUCGAACCGCGUCUAGAGGUUUGCAAUUUUUGAAAUUAAUUAUCUUUAAGAAUAAAAAAUAUACGCGUAUGCAAGAAAGUGAAUGAUUUACCGAGAUAAAAAUAGUUUAUUACAAAUUAUGUAAAUUUUAUUCUAAAACAAUUUUUCUUCAAAACCCCAAUUGUGUUUAUUAUAUUUUAAUGAUAUCUCAUAGACAUGGGUUUUUUUAAAUAAUAUUAAUUAACAUGCACUUGUAAGCGUACGAUUUAGAUUAAGUUAUGUGUUACAAAUUCAAAAAUAAAUGAAAGAAUUAUGAUAAA